CAGACGAGGCAGUAAAGGGGUUAAGGAGUGCUCAGUCAGUUUCAGUUUCAUUUCUUCAGAACGGAAUCUAUUCGGAGUAAGAAGAGCAUACAAUAUAAGAGCAUCAGAAACACAGCCCGUCUCCAGUCUCCGAGAGGACAUCCAGCCGUUCACACCGGCAUCAAAAUGCAGACUAAUGGCCAAGCAUCUGGAUUUUCGUUUGGUAAAUCAAAUUCCUUUGGUGCAUCCACAACGCCUACUUUUCAAUUUAUGCCUCCAUCACAGAUGUCAAAUGGGACGGUUCAACCUUCAUCGGCCUCCAGCACAACACCCCUUUUUCAACUUACAACUUCACCGCAGAAGUCAAAUGGGCCGGUUCAGCCUUCAUCGGCCUCCAGCACAACACCCCUUUUUCAAUUUACAACUUCACCACAGAAGUCAAAAAGCAUCAUUCAACCAGCAACAUUUUCAUUACCAUCUUCAGGCCAAAACCAAAGCCUUCCAGCCCCAAUAUCUACUACAUCAGAGAACUUACCACCAGCUACUGAGACAACCUCACAGGAGCCAAUAGCUAAUGGAGGUUCCUCCACUGAGUCAUUUGUCUUUCAAGGCACAACAGUACAACCAGACAACGUCCUAGGACAACAGUAUGAGUACAAGAUUCGUCCAUGUAUUGAUCUCAUUGACUCGUUAAGGUCAUUGGGCGUGGAGAAGGAUCUGGGAUUACCGGCGAUCGCUGUGAUUGGGGAUCAGAGUUCUGGGAAAAGUUCGGUUCUGGAGGCUCUAUCUGGGGUCAAUCUUCCCAGGGGCAGUGGUAUUGUGACACGAUGCCCCCUGGUCCUAAAAUUGAAAAAAUCCAAGAAGAAUUCCCCAUGGAAAGGCCAAAUAAGCUAUCGAGACCAGGAAGUGGUAGUGAAAUCUCCAGGGGAGGUGGAGAAAGAAGUUAGGAAAGCCCAAGACCAUAUUGCUGGUGGUGGUAAUGGAGUCAGUGAAGAGCUCAUCACCCUUGAAGUAGAGUCUCCAAAUGUCCCAGACCUGACAUUGCUCGAUCUUCCUGGAAUAACACGAGUUGCUUUACCCAACCAACCUCAAGAUAUAGGACAACAGAUCAAGAAUAUGAUCACGAAGUACAUAAAAAAGCAGGAGACCAUCAAUUUGGCUGUGGUUCCCAGUAACAUGGAUAUUGCCACCACUGAAGCUCUAGAAAUGGCUCGGGCAGUGGAUCCUAUGGGAGAGAGGACACUAGGGAUCCUGACGAAGCCAGAUUUAGUUGACAAAGGAUCUGAACAAGAUGUCGUCAGCGUUGUCCGAAACCUGGUGUACCCUCUUAAGAAAGGCUACAUGAUCGUCAAGUGCCGCGGGCAGAGUGAGAUCUACAACAACAUCUCUCUGGAGACCGCCUUACAAAAUGAGAAAGCUUUCUUCAAGAACCAUGAACAUUUUGGGGUUCUUCUGGAAGACGGACAUGCGACAAUUUCCUUGUUGGCAGAAAAACUUACUGUUGAACUUGUUGAUCAUAUUUCUAGAACAAUACCUAACCUGGAGGGUCAAAUCAAGCAAAAACUUCAUGAGGCACAGAAGAGAGUGAAGAUAAUUGGUGCAGGCAUCCCGGAGACUGAGUCAGACAAGCUAUUAUUUCUCAUAGAUAGAAUCAGACAUUUUGUUGCGGGAAUCACUCAAGUCACACAAGGAGAAGAAGAGGCUACAGCUAAAAAGCUGAAACUGUUCACCAACAUCCGAAAUAAAUUCUGCAAGUUGGAAAUGGCCCUUAAGCAAUCAGCUGAUAAAUUCCCUCGGGAAAUAAGAGCUGACAUUACUCUUUACGAGAACCAACAUCGUGGGCGAGAACUUACAGGAUUCGUCAACUACAAAACAUUUGAAAACAUUGCAAGAAAUCAAAUCCAGACAUUUGAGGAGCCGGCCGUUGACAAGCUGAACGAAAUCACAGAACUCAUCAGAUCUACUUUCAAUAAUACGGCGCUGAAGCAUUUCACCCAAUUUCCAAAUCUUUACAGAAGUGCAAAGGGAAAGCUAGAAGAGAUUUGUAGUAAGCAACAAAAGGAGGCUGAGAAAGCAAUCCGCACACAGUUCAAGAUGGAACAGAUCAUAUACUGCCAGGACACCAUUUACGGAGGAUCUCUGAAGGAAAUCCGAGAAGAAGGACUUUCUCCUGGCUUUGGAAAUGUCGCAUUGCCAAUACAAUCUGCAACACAGAUACAGCUGUCUGUUCAGGAAAUGUCUCAACACAUCCAGGCGUAUUUCAAGAACACGACCACUCGUUUGUCAAACCAGAUCCCUCUGAUCGUCCUGCACUACAUGCUCCACGAGUUUGCUGACAAGCUGCAGGCCCAAAUGCUGCUCCUACUCCAGGAGAAAGACAGCCUUAAUGUGUUACUAGUGGAGAAGGACGACCUGUCCAAAGAGAGGCAGAACUUAAGAGACCAGAUCAAACGCCUCCGUGCGGCCCAACAGACAUUAGCCAAAUUUCCAUGUUAGUCAUUAAACCCUUUACCCCAACAUUAUUUAUGUGUUGUCAGAAGGAGCAGAACCAUCAGUGAGGCGCUCCAGGUCAGAAGAACUAUGAGUGAGGGACUUCUUCUUGUGGGCGAUUGCCAUUGGUAUAUUUAUUACAUAGAAGUCAAUCUUGUCUGCCAAAAAAAUCUUUCCUUUUUAUUUUUUUUCUAAGGAUCGACAUAUGUUUAUCCCAGGCAUAUUUGUGUGUAUGUAUUGUGAAAUUAAAAAAGUGUCCCCCACCUUCUUCAUG